UUAAAAAGGUGAUCAGACGUUUAGGCCGGUUCUGUUGGAGCAGUUGCCUAUGUUCUGACAUCUGUAACCUUGGAAUAUACCUCUGGAUAUAAACUCUCCAGCAGAAUCCAUCUCUUUUUCUCUUCACCAUCGCCUGAAGCUCUCCUCCUGAGGAUUUCCCAUUGCCAACCCCUGGGAUGCUGUGAGGAAGAGGAAGAUGCCCAUGGACACUGAGGCAGAGCAGGAACUGAGCAUGGAGAGCAGGGAGGACAAAUGCCUGCGGCAGAACCUGGUGGAAGAGGCCGUUUUGAGCGGCUCCACGGCGCAGGAAGCCAACGGGGAGGAAAAGCCCCGGAGAUGCCGCACGAGGAGGAGCUGCAAAUGCAGCUGGUGGGGAUCUGAGGGGGAAAGAGCCAGCCUGGGCCGGGAAGGUGGCGGGAGAUGGAGCCAGAGCUCGGAGCUGGUACUCCAUGAGCAGCUCCAUGAUGGGGAGAAGCCCCACAUGUGUGUGGAGUGUGGGAAGAGCUUCAGGCGGAACUGCAACCUGAUUGUGCACCAGAGGAUCCACACUGGGGAGAAGCCCUACGAGUGUGGGGAGUGUGGAAAGAGCUUCAGCCAGAGCUCCAGCCUGAUCAAGCAUCAGAGGAUCCACACUGGAGAACGGCCCUUCGAGUGUGGGGAGUGUGGGAAGAGCUUCAGCCUUAGCUCCAACCUGAUCAAGCACCAGAGAACCCACACUGGGGAGAGGCCCUUCGAGUGUGGGGAGUGUGGGAAGAGCUUCUCACAGAGCUCCCACCUGUCCUCGCACAAGAGGACCCACACUGGGGAGAGGCCCUAUGAGUGUUCCAAGUGUGGGAAGGGGUUUCAGAUCAGCUCCCGUCUCAUCAGGCACUAUCAGAGUCACACAGAGGAGAGGCCCUUCCAAUGCCCCGAGUGCGGGAAGGGAUUCAGGCAGAACGCCCACCUCAUCAGGCACCGGCGCAUCCACACUGGGGAGAGGCCCUACGAGUGUCCCCAGUGUGGGAAGAGCUUCUCCAGGAGUUCUCACUUGACCCGACACCAACAGAGGCACCGGUAAGGGAAGCCCUGCGAGUGCCCCGAGUGCGGGAAGAGCUUCGUGCGCUGCUCCAGCUCCAUCCCCCACUGGAGGAGGCACUUUGGGCACAGCCCGGGUCACUCACAUUCCCUGUGAUCCAUGUUGGCAACACACCUGGCUGCUUCUCCUUUUGGUUUCGCAUUAAGUUUUUUAUCUUCUCCGCCUCUCUGCUGUCUAAAAGCCAAGAGGGAUGGAUCUGUCACCUCAAAUCCCAGUGAAAACAGCUCAGUCUUAGACUCAGAGAACUCAGGCCCACAUCAAAAGGGCUUUUUCGCACCUCAAAAAAGCUCUACCUCUUCACAAACCUACUCGAUUCCACAGCCACCAGGGUGAGAUGGGGUUUGGAGGUGAUUUGGAGUAGUAGGAUCUCAAUUAGAUUGGUGGGAUGGAUAUUCUGUGGGUCAGGGUUUGUGGGAUGUAUUUGAUAGCAAAUAAAACUCUCAGACUUAUUGAUUUCUUUCCCGUUCAUUUUCAGUCCAUUGCAGUUCUGUUUGCAGAGUGCCUCCUUCUCAGGUCAUUGUGUUUGUGUCCUCCUUUCUCUCCUGCCUCUCUUUGCCUGCUCUGUUUCUCUCUCAGUGUCUCCCUUAACCCAGAAACCACCAGAGACCCUCCUUUGAUUUAAUUGCCCCAGUGACCACCAAAGACCCUCCCUUGAUUUAAUUGACCCCUGCCCUGUUUUAAUUGACCCCUCUGUCACCCUGGUUUUUUAAGUUUUUCUAAGCCUUCUGAUGUUGACAUUCUUGUAGCGAACUUUCUCACACACUUUCUGUAAAUAACUCAUUCUUUUGCAUUCCUUAAUAGAGGAGGAGAAAUUGAUGGACUGUUGGAUUGACCAGAGUCAUUGGAGAGGUGUCACUGUCACCUUCCAGUCCGCUGUCACUCUUGGAAAACUAUAAAUGUUGGAGUCAGAAAAUAAACUUCCCUUUUCCUUCACCCUAAGAACAGCGGUGUGUGCUUCUGUUCUUCUGUGUCCUCUAGUGACAUCUGGUGACUGCCGGAGUGUAGGCUGAGACACAGAGUCCAGAUUGCUGGUGAGGUUGUGUUGUCCCCCCUCUUUGGUGCUUUGCCUGCUGUUCUGGUGGUGAUGGCAACCUCUGCGAGUUUCAAGGAGGAUUCCCUCGUUUUGGAUCUCUGGAGGGGGGUCCUGGAGUGGAAACAGGUUUCUGUUUCCUGGGAUGAUUUUGAGAGAUUGUUUCUGUGGGCCCGAGAGCAAGGGCUCUUUUCGGACUCUGCAGAGCCAUUCUCCAAGGAGGAGUGGUCUCUCGUGGGGGUCCGCCUCAUGCAGGCCCUCUUUGAUGAUUGCACCGCAGACGUGGGAUCGCUGCUGGUGCAGUGGAAAAAGUGUGAGGAGCUUUGGCGGGGGUCUGGUUCUUGUAUCCCUCGGAGUUCCCAGUGGAGCCCUUCUGUCUCGGACAUGGGCGAGGGGGUGUUUGAGUUUCUGUGCGAUGUGGAGCUCUCUCCCCACCCUGGGACAGUGUGCUGGGGGACAAAUCCAACUGGGGGAUGGCGAUGGUUCCCCCGGGGUGGAUUUGGCUGUGCCAGGCUCCCUUGUGCUGCUCUGCAGUGAUGCGGCUCCACGGGCUGCACCUCUCUGGGCACCCCACUCCUCCUCUGUAUUGGGGACAGGGGCUCCUUGCUGGUCUCAUCCUGUCACAGACAUCUUUUCAUUAAAAUCCUUUCGUUAGGAUUUUUCCUGCUGAAGCUGAGAAGUUUCAGCACCAAAGUGUAAACAAUGGUUAUCUGCUGCUGUGGAAUGCAACAGGUGGAUCCGUGAUUGGUCUCUUGUGGGUGUUUGGAUGUACUGACCACUCACGGCAGAGCUGCUCUCGCUCUCUGCUGAGACACAGAUCUUUGUUAUUCAUUCUUUUCGAUUUUAUUCUUAGCCUAGCCUUCUGAGAAACCUUUUCCUUUCUAUUUCUUUUUAGUAU